AGACCCCAGCGUAGGCUGGUACGUACGAGCUGUCCACUGUUUUUUUGGUGUUUUAUUUUGUAACUAACCCUAAUUGCAACCAUGUCUUACCCUGCAUCAACUGAAUACCUUAACGAAUUGCUCAACGAUAAAACUACAGUGGCCAAAAUGCCAAAGAUCUUUCUACAUGCAGAACGUUUGCUAGACCAAGAAAUCAGCAAAACAAGAAAUGAAUUAUUCCAUGGUAUGGCUAAUGGCGUUGAGACAAGCUCAGCAGACAUACAGUUACCUGCCCCUGCUGGUCCAAGGGUCAAACUCACAGAGAAGGUCUUUGCACCUGUUAAAGAGUUUCCAAAGUUCAAUUUUGUAGGCCGUGUGAUAGGACCAAGAGGGAUGACGUUAAGAGAGAUAGAAAGUCAAACAGGCUGCAAGUUGUUAGUCAGAGGCAAAGGCUCCAUGAAAGAUAAAAAAGUGGAAGAAGAAAAACGAGGUCAACCAAACUAUGAACACCUAGACGAAGACUUACAUGUGUUAAUAUCAGUAGAAGACACAGAAGACAGAUGCAUCGCUAGAUUACAAAAAGCUGUAGAUAAAGUACGAGAACUAUUACGGCCAGUGGAGGAAGGAGAAGAUGAAAUCAAGAAGAAACAAUUAAAAGAUCUUGCAUUAUUAAAUGGGACGUUUAAGGAGCCAGGUCUUGCAGGUACCAGUCCACCUGUCGUACCAGGAGGUUUAUUAGGUAUGCCAGUACAUCCUGGUUUAGCUGGUUAUCAGUUAACAAGGCAUCCAGUGCCUGGUGCUUACCACACACAACUGACAGGCCUUGAAUUCCCAUAUGCAGCAGCUCGUCCAGGAACAGUACUAGACUACCAUGCAUUAAUUGAACCAUCAAUACUAGGUGCUGUCAAACCCAGAAGGCCGAUUAGAGAGCAUCCGUAUCAAAGAUAAGUGACUGGUAACCAUAACAACCAAGCUUACUAAUAUGGUGUUGUAGUAAUAUAUGAUGACUGUUGUAUGGGAAUUGGGUGCAUAGAGGCUWUAKAUUGGAUUAACAAAGCACUUCAAUUAAUGCUGAUUUUACAAAAUCUAAUUCUUAGUUAUUGCAAACGAGGUAUUUUAGUAUCUAUCUUGCUCAGAGCUUAUUUUAUUAUAUAGAAGAAUAGAAAUGCUACCACCAAACCUUCUUUUGGAUAUUAUGCACUUUUGAAUCAAUCUCAUCAAACACUAACACAUUUUGAACUAAUUAUUGCUAAUAUUACGUAAUAAUCAUUAAACAGUAUUUUCUAGCACUAAAUAGCACUAACUGAACACUAAGAGACUGCUAAAGAGCUUUUCUUAAAUACUUCAUUGUACAGUUCSAAGAUCCUUAUGAGACUGUAAAAUGAGGUGUUGAUGACUGUAUAGAACGACACAUUGUAUGUGAGAUAGCUCCRUCUGGUGGAGCUGYAAUCCAUUUCAUUGGCCUCUAGAUGAAGCUGCACUGUUUUGGACUAUAUGGUCUCAGUUGGAUAURCCUUUUUCGAAUUCACAAGACUUAUUGCUAGUUUUGUGGCCAGUCUGUGUGAAUUUGGGAAAGGUCUGUUAGAUUCUCCCAUCCAAGAAAUGUAUUGAUAUAUGAUAUGAUUGUGUAUUCUUUUCAAGAAGGUUUGGGGCAAAACUAGUCCAUGAUUGACAGCCUUGUUCACACUAGAAUUGUAUUGCAUGGCAUUACAUUGGUCAAGGUACAAGARACUUCUUUUAAAACAGGCUUUUGAAGCUGUUACUUUGAUUGCCUUGAUUGCUGUUGCCUUGAUUGCUGUUGUCUUUCAAGAUUUUCAAACAAAGAAUCACCUUGCACUGCUCAGUGUAAGUCGUGUUCUUUAGCUAGCCCUGUUCCUGGAUCAGAUGCUGCAAAGUUUAUCAAAGCAAGUUUUACAAGAAGGUUUUAGUAAGAAUAAGCUGGAAGCUGCAUAGUCACAGCUCAAAUUGAAAUUUGACUUUUUUUUGAGCAUCGUAGACUAAAGUACCAUGGCGUUUGAUUGACGGUUUUUGCAUUCAGUGCUAGUGUGAACAAAUCCCAAAAGACAACAGUCCUGUAUAGCAUAUAUUAUAGUCCUACCAAGAGGAUACUUACACAGAUUUACGUUUUCUAUGAGAUGAUGAUGAUAAUAUAUUUCUUUACAUCAAGAUUUAUCUAUCAAAUGUACUUGUAAUAUAUAAAAAAAACUAGAAGAAGGGUCCACAUCAAAGAAAUAUGAGCAACAAUGAUUACAUUGAACAACAAUGAUUACAUUGAACAACAAUGAUCACAAUGGCUGCAUGGAUGCAUCGUGAUCCAGCCACAAUGUAGAUGAUAUGCAGUAAUAGCAUCACUCACUUAUAGGAAUGUUUUUUUAUUAUAUUUUGUGGCCUAAUUUGUUUUUCAAGAAUUUGUUGAGCCAUCCUAGGGAAUGAGCAUGUAGAGUUUCAGAUAUAAGCUUAUUUAGGAAUCCAUCAUGCAACUGGCACUUGGUGAUUAAAUUGUGCAWAAUAGAUAACAGUAUAKYSUGUCAAAACCCAAAMCACAGCAUCUCACUUUGUACUUUAGCCUGUGUUACAUCYGGAAUUUCUAGCUAAUUUUCACAGACGGAAAUUAGAURGAAAUUCCGGAUGYAACACAGGCUAUUUGUACUUAUGUUGCAUCAGUUGUGAUCAUGAAUGUGUGUCAAAAUCAUUUAAUUUUUGUAUUUUGAGUUCAAGAGAUUUUUGAUCAAAGUAGUCCUUAUUGCUCAGAUUUCUUUGAUUCUUUUGUCUGUAGUAAUUAGUAUUUAUUGUAGUAAUGUGGAACAGGUGAUUGUUGAUAAUGAUCAGUAUAGGCUAGUAUUUCUUGUGGUAAGAUGGGUUGGAUGAUUGUUGAUUGAUAAAUGUCAUGAAGAUUCAGGUUGAGACAGAUGUUAAGAAAGGUUGUUCAGCAAACAAUGAGCAAACACUGUUUACAAUGUCUGAYGUAUUCAAAGCUGUUUCUCUAAGGAAGUUAGUGAUGUUUUGUAGUUUGUUAGUUUAGUUGUCUUGUGACCCUUCUAGAUGUUUUGUGAUUUAACAAUUGAUUACAAUAUUUUGGAUGAUUACGUUUUAGUAUGUUUUCUAUAAUAAAGGCAGAGUUGCAUGAUUGAA